AGUGACCAAGUAGCGAGAAAAGCGGCUUACACAACACACGGAAUAACACAUACCGCGUUUGUAUGUGCGCACAUCGUCUCGUACCUCUGUGACAACCUAUCGAGCAGAUUCGGCCAUCGCAAACAGCAAAGGUUAAAAGAGGGGGGGAAAAAAGGGUUGCAUCUGAAAUUUUGGCUCGUUCUGCUGUUGCAAGCAAGUGCCUCGCUGCAAAAGAGUUGCAGCAAUUUACAGGAACACAAGGGGAAUGAGGAGGACAGUCUGCCGGGUGUGAGAUCCGGAGCCCCCGCUCAGCAAACAACCCCAGUGGAUCAGUAGCGACAGAAACGCCAGGGUUCAUUUCAAGUUUCGACAAGGCAGCCUCGGAUCAAACGUGUGCUUUUGGUAAAAGGAUACCUUUGAGACCUUCGUACAGAAUCGCGCCCAGGACAAGGACAGACAAAAAUAUAAAUUUAUCCCAGUAUAAUCGGAGACCAGUGAUCAGCGACAAUGGCGAUAAGAAACUCGCUUUGGAAAUACUACUUGGGAAUUUUGUGCGUUUUCUGCAGGGUGGCUGUAUCAAACUGUGAAAUUUUGGCACCUAUAUAUUGGAAUUCCUCAAAUCCCAAAUUUCUACCUAGCAAAGGACUGGUGAUGUACCCACAGAUAGGAGACAAACUAGAUAUUAUCUGCCCUAAGGUGGAUUCCAGGAUCACUGGACAGUAUGAAUACUUCAAACUGUACAUGGUGUCAAAAGAUCAGGCAGACAACUGCAACGCUGUGCCCAGCCCCACACCAUUACUCAAUUGCAACAAGCCAGAUCAAGAUGUCAAGUUUACCAUAAAGUUUCAGGAGUUCAGCCCUAACCUCUGGGGAUUGGAAUUCAAGAAGUAUGAGGACUACUACAUUAUUUCAACAUCAAAUGGUACUUUGGAAGGACUGGAAAACCGGGAGGGAGGAGUGUGUCAAACCAAAGCCAUGAAGCUUAUAAUGAAAGUUGGACAAGAUGCAAAUUCUAUGGAACGAAAUGAAAAAGCAACCAGUGUUCCUGGAAAUGGACGAGAUGGCACCACAAGCAAGCCCACUCAAAAGACUGAAAAUGAAGGUGGGACACACUCACAGAGUAGUGACAGUAAGUCUUCCACUACACCCAGGGAUUCGGGUAAGAGCAAGUUCCUCAACUCCGAUGUGGCCUUAUUUGCUGGCAUUGGAUCGGGCUGUGUGAUCUUCAUCAUCAUCAUCAUUAUGUUGGUGGUUCUGCUGCUGAAAUACAAGAGACGUCACAGAAAGCACUCUCCGCAGCAUACUACUACUCUCUCUCUCAGCACGCUGGCCACCCCCAAGCGGGCCGCUAAUAAUAAUGGCUCUGAACCCAGUGACAUUAUCAUUCCAUUAAGGACUGCAGACAGUGCAUUUUGUCCACAUUAUGAAAAAGUCAGUGGAGACUAUGGACAUCCUGUGUAUAUAGUCCAGGAGAUGCCACCACAGAGCCCAGCAAAUAUAUACUACAAAGUCUGAGAUCAGAGGACAAAAGGUAGUUUGGGAUUCUGAAGAAUACUCUUGGCCUGUUGCAACCUGGGUCUUCUGCUGAAAUUAGUGGUGACUCUUACUCUUUGCACCAGGAUUGACUUUAAAUAUGUAGGAGAAUUAAAAGGGGAAAAUGGAAGCUUUGCAGGAUAUUCAGCUGAAGAGAGAGUUGGUUAGUGUCUAUGGUUUGUGUAGGAAUCUGCUUAAAGUUAAAUACCAGGAGCAGCAAGUUGGAGGAGAGUUGAGUCAGGGACUCAAUCGAACUGUUCCACCUUCUACUUUCACCAUUAAUUUAUGGACCACGUGUUACAAACAUACCAGGAAGCAAAAUGCAAAUGGAUGUUUGAACUAUCUAUCACUGUAUUUAUAACCAAUAAGGUUUUACGCUUUGGAUAUUCAGCAAUAGAAAAUAGUCAGUCUGUACUUUCCCUAGACUGUUAACUUUUAUAUUAACCGGAUUUCAUAAAUCCACUUCUGUCCUUGUUCUUGUGUUCUUGAGUUUUACUCCCUCCUAUUGUUUCCCUGUUACAGUAUUACUUAUUAACCUGAAGGCCGUUUUGCCUUCGAACACAAUCACUAGAACUUCAGGAGCUUUGUGGAAAUUGCCACAACGUUAACCUUUAUUAACCAUCCCAGUCACCAGGUGAUAGUAGACGCACGGCAGCUACAUUCUAAUCAGUUACACAUAGAUGUGGGGACAUAUUACAAAUAAGCAGGAGACUGCAAGUUUACCUGUGACAUUUAACUGCAUUUGCAGUUGUAUGCUGCUGUCUUUUGAAUCUGAGAAGGAAGUGUAGAGAUAGAGAUUAUUAGGGAGCACUUUGGUACUAAAAGUUCCAAGAUGUAGACUGGUAGACAUGGUGACAAGCACAGUGCUGUAGGGCUGCACUUUAAAUGAACUUAAAUAAUUAUUUUGAGCAAAAUUGACAGAGUGAAAUGCCUCUUUUUUUAAGGGAAAGGGCCAACAUCAACGAAUAAAGGCAUCGGUGGGGAUAGCUCAUGAUGCUCUUCAGAACAGUGCAACAAUGGUGUGGACACACUAAGGGAAUGUACUGCCUUCCAAUUUGAAUGCUUUAUAUGAAUAGACUGUAGAGCAGUCUCUGUAUUACAUGGUACAGCUUCUCGUACUGUAGCUUGAACCUUGGGGGAUAUCCUUGAAAUACUCGUUAGGUGCACACACACACACACACACACACACACACAAAAAACUCUACUUAAAAUGGACAAUGGAAUAGAAGGGACCAAGUGAUAAAAUGCCAGACAUGGUCAUUGGGUUAUUAUGGGUCAAUAUUUGUGGUCAGAAUUACUCUGCAAGUAUACAUCGUGGUUAGGAGAGGGCCAUUGGAACAUUAGACUAACUGGAUGAUUGGAACGAGCCAAAAAAUGUUUGGACAUUUGCCUCUGGGAAUGAAAUCUAGUUUCCGUAAAUAAAUGACUAAAAUAAGAGUCCUCAUAAGAAAACAAAAGCUAAAAAAAAUACUGCUUCAUGCUAGCAAAAAAAAUGGAAGGAUUUUUUUUAUCCUUGAUCAAGUAAUGUACACACAAGCCUAAUAUUUUAGAAAAUACCUUUCAAACAAUAGUGCCCUGGCAUUGUCAGUCUGUUUGAAAAUCAUCUUCAGCCUUGGGGUGAGCUGCAGCAUAGUGUGAUAUUAAUCGCCACCCUGUGAUAUCUGGCAGCAUAAAUUCAAAGAUCACACAGUAAUAGCAGCACGAAAGGCUGGUCUCAGGAAUCCCAAAAGGGAACCUGCAAAAUGGUUGCCUAACCUAAUCCUUGAACCUAAAAAUUAUGUUAGCAACAAAAGUGAAGCACUUUUGCAUAUACUUAGACUGUUGCCAUGGUGAUGAAGUACAUUACAUGUGCAUCCAAUUCUCUACCAUUUCCAUGCAAAGUGUUAUUUUUGUGGGCCUUUGGGACGAGCAACAUUUUAGCAGAGACAUUUCUUGGUUGUACACGAUUGUGUUUGUUCUUUAAGAAUUAUUUUAUGGAUUAUCCGCAUAUGGCUGUGUUGUCAUUUUAAAGCAGACUGUGUAAAUGGCAGGUGAAGUUCAACAUUGAAAUUAAAACUGGUAUGGCAUUGACGGGAUUCCUGGUUUACAGAAUGUGCAGUGGUUGUGUCCAAUGUAGAGUAAGGCACUUUAAACAGAUUGCUUAUGGUUUGUCUUACUCAUCCCUCCCAAAACUAAUGUCACUGUAACUGCCUUGCAGACACAAUCAUCCUCUUACCUGCUUUUCGAAGUUGCACUGCGCAGUUAGCUGAUGUAAGUUGUGAAGCUGUAAAUGCGUGGGAUAUUUUCAUGUGUCACGAUUUGGGCAGGGCAGGAGAAGAGAGUUAAAAUAGCCUUAUUCACCUUUUUAGUAACAGAAGUUCACAAUAGAGCAUGAAUCUGAUUUUUUUUUUCCCUCAAGUAAAAUGUUUUGUGUAAAUAGAAGAUUUUUUUAAAAACAAAUUCUAAGGAGGAAGUUUUGUAUAAAAUCUGAAUUUUUUGCAACGUAUUUUUAGCUACAGCUUGUUUUCGAGGCAGGUCAUUCCCCUUUACACUGUUUCAAAAUGGAGAAGAAAGGAAAUUGGUAAAUUUAUCAAAUUGACCGCAGCAUUUUUGUGCCAUGAAUAUUUAUUUAAUUGUUCCUUUGUCCAGUUUGUACACACAGUAUUAAGCUUGCUUUAUAAAUAUUGACUGUUGCCUUUUCAUACGUUCCCCACUUUUUGUAAUCUCUUCUUUCCAUCAUCCUUUUCGGAAGUGUUUAAUUUUCACCUACAAUCCCCUGCUGUCGAAGGAAAAACAAACACAAUUAAAAUCACAUUCCACUAGUCUGUUACAAACUGAAAUUGUUUUUAAAUAAAAGAUUUUUUUCCUAUGGAAAACUGGCUGGGAUUCUUUUUUUUUCUUCC